UACACAUUCUCCUUCAACUGCAAUUCCAGCCACUCGAAAACCCACUAAAAAUUCUGUGUUUUCUUAAGCAGGGAAAGAUGAACAGGCCAGGAGAUUGGAACUGCAGGUCAUGCCAGCACCUGAAUUUCCAGAGGAGGGACUCGUGCCAGCGAUGUGGAGACCCCAGGCCCGGCGAAAGAGGUGACUACGGAAGUUUAGGUGGCGGACGAGCCGCCUUGUCCUUUGGCAUCACCGGCCCAGACGUAAGGCCCGGUGACUGGUACUGCACCGUUAGCAACUGCGGCGCCCACAACUUUGCCAGCCGCUCCAGCUGCUUCAAGUGUGGCACCCUCAAGGACGACUGCUCCGGCAGCGGCGGCGGAGGAUUUGAUAGUGAAAUGUCUCGAGCUCGAGGGCUCGGGCUAGGAGGCAGCAGCCGCUCCGGAUGGAAAUCUGGGGACUGGAUUUGCGUUAGGUCAGGGUGCAAUGAACAUAACUUUGCCAGCAGAAUGGAAUGCUUCAGGUGCAAUGCACCAAGGGAAUCCAGCAGCAAGUUUUCUUACUAAAGCGUGCAUUGAGAUUCUCUAAUUCUGAGUCCGAAGUUAAAAACAGAGAAUCAAGAGCGAAUGAAUUUUUUUGGGACUUCCAAUUUUCUCUUUUUUUUUCAAUUUUUUAAUAUUUUUUUCUUUUGGAAGUUCAGGUCAAUUAUGAUUGCAAGUAGAGCUUAGUCCUUCGUUUUGUGAACUUGUAUUUCUUGUUGUUUCGAUCUAAUGAAUAUCAAUGUCUUGUGAUUUUAUUUUUUCCC